AUGGCCGAAGCUGUCAGACCAGAAUCUUCUCAGUCCAAGGCUAAAACAAAGUCAAAGGUCAAAGUUAAAAAGGUUAAAGAAUAUGAAGAGAAAGAAAAGAUUAAAAAAGAACUGUCUAAGAAUUCAGUCGAGGGUCUAAUCAAUUCUAAUAAAACACAAGAAAUAUCGCAAUUGGAAAAUAAAGCAGAAGAGCUUUCAUAUGAAGAUACUCCUGGUUUUGAUACAAAGUCUGCAGGCCCUAUCUCAAAUCAAAAUGAAGACACCAACUUAGUUCCAUUAAGUACCAUUGAAAUGUCUGCUGAUGCUGUUACGGUUCCUGAAGAUCAUAGUGAAUUUCCAGAUAAUGCUGUAGGUGAUGGUGUAGUUACUUUACAUACUAAUGUAGUUCCAUUGGAUGGUAGUGAAGAGAAGACAUUAGAAAGUGUACCAGAAACUAAAAUUCCAGAUGAAAUAUUCUCUAAUAAAGAAAUCUUGGUUCAAGACUCAGACACAUGUGAUGUUGAACCUGUGGACCAGCUGUCAGGGUUUGUAACAGCACCACAGACAUCUGAGGCCCUUUCUGAAGUGACUCUCAGUGGUGAAAUACCAUCAGACAGGGAAUCAAAUUAUCAAGAAAUCCACUACAAUCCUUUGACUUUAGCAGAGAGUAAUGUUUUUAGAUUACCAGAAGAGGCAGCUGUUCUCAAUACUAGUGAAAAAUCAAUUUAUCCAGACUUAAGUCAUCUCUGUGAAGAUGGCAUGUCAACAAAGGACAAUGUAUUGAGCACAGUCACUGAAAAUGUUGAAUUAAGAGUUACUGGCCUUGAAAACAAUACCGGCACUGCUGAAAGUACCAGUACUGUUAUUGAUUCUAGUGCCCCUGAUUCUGGUGUUCAGGCUGUAGAAUAUAGUGUUAACACUGUUGUUACCAACGAUACAAUCGUGAUAACUGGUGAAAUUACAAAUGAAGCUAGUGGUCUCCUUGUUACUGAUGAACCUAUUGUUAGUGGUAUUACUAAAACUAGUUACAGAACUGUGACAGCUGUUGAAGAUAGUGAUUUAGUUCCUGCAGUUGCCACUAUCAGUGAUUCUGCUAACAUUGCGUCACCGAAAGUCAACAUCGCUCAAAUGACAGAAAAUCAAAACAUGGUUGUCAUAAGUCCUGAACAGAUCUCUGCUGCAAUCAAACUACAUUGUAAUCAAAAUAUAACAUCAUUAUCUGAAAGGUAUAAUGAGGAUGUUUCAAGUCAUUUAGAAACUGACACUGCUCUUGUGAAACCACUAGAAAGCUUAGUUCAUGAAAUGGCUCAUUCUUCAAUUGAUUCAGAUGACCUUACUGGUCAAUUUGAGGUUAUCAAUCAACCCAAAAUAGAAAGUGAAAGUAUAUUUACAGAGCCUCAACAUGUCUCACUAGAGGAUGUACCUAGUGAAGACUAUACAUCAUUUUUACCAGAUGAACAAUGUAUGUUCCCACAAUCAAGUGUUCAAUCAAAACCAGUUAGUGAACAAACCCGCCGUGUUCAUAUAGUUAAAGAAGCUAUAUGUGAUAGAUUUAAACCCAUGACAUUUGAACAGUUACAGUUGUUAUAUUAUAAUCCUCAGUUAGUUCAGAGUACAGCAUUUAUAGAUCAGUUCAUUGUUUCUGAAGGAAAGAAAGAGAACCAUGAAUUUCAUGAGAUAUUGUGGAACUAUUUCCGAGCUAGGAAGAAUUUAUUGAAUGCUGAAGAAGAGAUUAAGUUAUUGCAACAUAAAUAUAGUCAGUUACAAGAAGAAAUGUGGUUAAUACAACCACAGUCAAUAACAGCCCAGGGUCAAUGUGGAGAUAAAGCCAAAGUAUCUAAAGUACAUGUGUAUGAGAAAUGUGAACUAAAUGGAGAUAGUUUAAAGAAAAUGAAAGAGAUAUUGGAUAAUACAAGAGAUAAUAUUGUCAAUAAGAUAUCUCUGUAUGCCUACUCUUCACAGUUAUCUAGACUACAGGUUGAAUCCUAUAUUUAUUCAUUAUACCAAUCAUGUCCUGUUAUUAGAGAUCUACCUAAAAAUACUCCAGUGCAAGCGAAUUUAAAACAAAGAUCAGAAUAUCUACAUCAAGUUAAUAGGUUGAAGGAUUGUAUAUCAGUUUUAUUUGGAUUUCAUAGAAGACCGUGUAGGGAUGAAGAAUUUAAACAAAAUAUCAGGAAGUGGACUGAGACCAUGGUUGGCAGUUUGUUACGUUUAGCUACAUUUGAAGAUCAUUGUUUUAUAUUAAAUCAUAUAUUAAGAUGUCCUGGUGGUAUAGGCCAGUGGGCUAGUAAAUUGAUACAGAUACCACCACCAGUAACUACGGUCGAGGGAAUAUUUGGAAGUCCUCUAUUAGAUCAUGUUGUUGUUUGUUUAGCAACUGUUUUAUUACAUCCAAGAGCUAGAGAAGAGUUUAUGGGUCAUAUGAAGUUAUCAGUGAACCCUGAUAGUUUAAAUCAAGAUGCUACCUGGAUACUAGUUGAUUCUGAUGGUGAGGAGUUUAGUAAGUAUCGUGUUAGAGCUGAUAGUUUUGGUAAGUAUCGUGUUAGAGCUGGUAGUUUUGGUAAGUUUCUGGUUAGAACUGAUAGUUUUAGUAAGUAUCGUGUUAGAGCUGAUAGUUUUAGUAAGUAUCGUGUUAGAGCUGGUAGUUUUGGUAUGUUUCUGGUGAGAACUUAUAGUUUUAGUAAGUAUCGUGUUAGAGCUGAUAGUUUUGGUUCGGUGCAAUAUAGUAUACAUGAAACCAAUGAGAGUGUAUUAUUAAAGAUAUUUGCCUUUACAACAUGUUGGAUAGAUUUAUUAGGCCGUGGUUUACAGACGUACUGUAUGUCGAGAUACAGACAAUUAAAUAAACGUAUUGGUAAAAUGAUCAGAGAAACAGUAGCUUUAGUAUCAGAUCAUUGGUAUAAUUAUAAAACAUUAAUAUUACAACCAGCCCUAUCAAUAAAUAGAUUACAGAGUGAAUUUGAUCAGUUUUUUAUGAGAGCUACUUACUGUAUAUUAGCUGCUGAGAGGCUUGGCUCCUGGCAAUUCAUGACAAACAUGCCCUUCACAUGUGUAUCAUCAGAUUGUAUGUGGCAGUUAUUAUGGAUACUGCAUCAAGGUCAAGGUCAUGAGUUAGAUUUAGAUUGUAUACCAUCAGUUGAAGAAUGUAAGACAUAUCUUAAAGAUUGUGACAGUAGAAAUCAACUGAUAGAUAAUCUUGUUAAUUUACAAUCAUCAGAAACUAUCUAUUUACUAUCAACUUUUGCUAAUAUGGCUGAAAGUAGACCUACCACUGAAAUAGACUUUAUACAAGCUAUUACUUUGGAAGUAUUUGAGAUUGCUUAUAUAUGUGAUCAUACUAGAGAAUUCUGUUCUAAAGUAGGACGUGAAUUAAUAGCUGUUAUUAUAGAUAAACAUCCCUAUACUUUCUCUGUUAUAUUACAUGCUGUACAGAGUAAUAUAAAACAGAUUGGUACAAUGUCUAUAUUUUUAUUUCGUGAAUUACCAUUACACAACUGCAUACCAACUGAUCCUGAUUUAUUAAUAUUAAGACAAUGGUUAUUAAAUUGUGAUCUUCAUACACAUGAGAACCAGUUAUCACGGUUAAUAUUAUCCUAUUUUAACUGGGAUAUUGACCAACAAAAUGGUCCAAUAUUACCACUAAGAUUACACAGACAGAUAGCAUUGUUAUUAGUAGAGGUAUAUAGGAAAUAUAUCAGUAGUAGAAAUUCUAGUUGGUUGAUAGGAGAGGGUAUAAGACAGGUUGCUUCAGCAGUGAGACAGAAUGCAACAGCAGAACAGAAGUUUAAUAAUUGGGCGUGGGAUUUAGCAUUACGUUUAAAACUACAUGUUAACAAUAUGAAUAUGACUGGUGUGAUAUCAGAGUUUAUUCCAUGUAAUCUAGAUACAGAGGAUUGGUUAUUACCUGUUGUUAAAGGAAUAAAACAUAAAAAUCCUAUAGCUUGUUAUCUUGGUCUGCUCAUGUCAACCAGAACUCACAAUGUAACAGAAUUUGUCAGUGAAGGUCUGGAUAUUUUAGCAUCAUUAGUCACAGCUAACCAGUUUAGUGCUGUGAUACAUGUAUUAAGUUCUGUGUGUCCAUAUUUUCUUUCUACACCAGCAUAUAUAGUUGAUAAUGAAAGAUUUAUUAAGAUAUUACAGUCAACUUUAUGGGCUGAUGAAACAUUAUAUAAAAUGGCUAAAUCUGUAAUUAUAUCAGAUUUUCCUGGUAGUGUUACAACACAGUUUGUCAACAUGAUACAGAAUGAUGUUAACAAUAAAAGAGAAUUAUAUCAAUGUAAUCUAAUGAUAUUGUUCUGGGUUCAUGCUAUUACUAAAAUCAAUAAAUGGUACAAUGACAGGAAUUGUUGCUAUGUGUUAGAUAAGAUAAUAGAAAUUGGAUUUACAAUAGAAGGUUUGUUACCACAGAUACAAGAUAUUAUAAUAGUCUGCUUCCAGAAAUUUCUAAAAGAAAGCAAUCAACAAGGUAUGGUGUCGUCUGUGGUCAGUUGGAUAUCGUCUGGUGUUUAUAUUUAUCAACCUUCAUUAUUAGAGAAGCAUACAGAGUUUAUAUAUCUAGCAUACCUUGUCUUAUUAGUAGAGAAAAACUAUGAGGUGCAGUCUUUGAUCUGGCCUGCUCUACAGGAAGAAUUAUAUAAUAACCAGCUGUCUACAGUUGAUCAGGCUUUGAGGACUGCUAUAGCCAAGUUGAAAUUACAACAAGCCCCUGCUAUAAAUAAAUUAAAUAUCUAUCGGUGGGCACAGCAAGCUAUUGAUACACCUUAUGAUCAUACAUUACUACCAUUGAUAUGGCAACAGUUCUUUUUAUUAUAUCUUGGCAGGAAUGCCUCAGAGCGAAGUGUUCCUCAGAGAGCCAGUGUUGGUGAAAGGUUUUUCUCUAGUUUAAGUUAUACUCCAAUGUUGAAGAAGAUGAGAAAAAGAUUAAGUGAUAGUAUUGAAUUAUUGAAGAAAGAUAUAGAAGAUAGUAUUGCUCCACCAACAGAUAGUGAUGACAAUCAACCUCCGCUCAAAAUAUUUACUCCCCAACAAAUAGAACUUAAAUUAAAGUUGUCAAAAUUAUAUAGUACUAUGGUACUAUGGUUAGAAGAACCAAGAUUACACGAUACCAAUCUUUAUUUACCUUCUUUACCACCUCAAUAUGAUGCUAGUAGAUUGUUAUUACUCUUUCAAAAUAUACAGGAUCCAUGGUUAGAGUUUGUAGAUAUACAUGAGGUAUAUCAUAAUAUUACUAUACAAGGUCAUGAAUGGAAGAAAUAUUUAAUCUGUAAACAACAGAGAUCAUCAACUAUCUCACAACAACAGCCUCAAAAUGCCACAGAGAGAAUAUUAAAAUAUCUAAGAAAAGAAGAUGGUAUUAAACCUGCUCCUAGUUUAGUUAAUCUUUAUCCAACUGUUCCCGAUAUAGAUAUUACAAUAUUACAAGAUAAAUCAGCUUUAUUGCAUUUGAUUAAUGCUGAUAUUUCUAUUAUUAAACAACAUGCCAGUUUGUUUUCAAGUCGUAUAUCUAGACAUUGUGGAGCAGAUUUAAGUUAUAUAGAUUUACUACCAUCAUUAUAUUCUAAUCAGUGGAAACAGGUAAUGAUUCCUAUUGAAUGUAAAAGUAAAGUGAAUCCUCUACAUAGAUGUUCUAACCCAGCUGUUGUUCAAGUUAGAAUUGAAGAAAGAGAGAAGAAUGAAUUGAUACAAAGGCAGAUAGAUGAAAAUAGAGCUGAAUAUAAACAAAUGAUGAUAGAAGGUCUAUUACCACCACCACAGAAUGUGUGUAUAGCUGCUGUUCAUGUUGAAAAUGCUAUCACUAAGUAUCGUGUUAGAGCUGAUAGUUUUGGUAAGUAUCGUGUUAGAGCUGGUAGUUUUGGUAAGUUUCUGGUUAGAACUGAUAGUUUUAGUAAGUAUCGUGUUAGAGCUGAUAGUUUUAGUAAGUAUCGUGUUAGAGCUGGUAGUUUUGGUAUGUUUCUGGUGAGAACUUAUAGUUUUAGUAAGUAUCGUGUUAGAGCUGAUAGUUUUGGUAAGUAUCGUGUUAGAGCGGGUAGUUUUGGUAAGUUUCUGGUUAGAACUGAUAGUUUUAGUAAGUGUCAUGUUAGAGCUGAUAGUUUUAGUAUGUAUCAUGUUAGAGCUGAUAGUUUUGGUUCGGUGCAAUAUAGUAUACAUGAAACCAAUGAGAGUGUAUUAUUAAAGAUAUUUGCCUUUACAACAUGUUGGAUAGAUUUAUUAGGCCGUGGUUUACAGACGUACUGUAUGUCGAGAUACAGACAAUUAAAUAAACGUAUUGGUAAAAUGAUCAGAAUGCUGAUAAAACUGACACAAGCUACAACUACAGAAACUAAAGUAUCUCUUCUAUUUGAUAUUGCCAACACCUUAUUUUAUCAUCUGGCUACUGUUAUUACACAAGAAACUGAUUUUUAUCCACCAACAAAACAAUUCUUUACAUCAUGUAUAGAAAUACUUGGACAAGAAUUUAUUUCAAGAGAUCCAAAACAAACUAAACAAUUAUUACAGUUCUGUUUGGAUAAUAGUAACUUAUCCAAUCUAACUUGUCAACAUUUUCAACCCAAUAACAGUCUAGAUAUAUUUGUACCAUUAUAUGAACGCUUAAUACAUGUUUUACAACAACAAAACUUAGAUCUAGUCUUUAUGUUACUUACUAAGUUUGAUGUUAAAAUGUGGUUAGAAAAGGGUAAACCAGCUAGAGAAAAUGUUAAAAGAUUUCUCUCAGUUUUGGGAUCAGCUUUGAUGUCUUGUGGUGCUGAACCAGAAAAACAGUCCAAAAUUAUAUUUGAUUUAUAUUGUGGCCAUUUACAACUGGUUUUAAGAGCAGACUAUCCUGCUUACAUAAUGGAUGUACUUAAUAUAUUGUUACAAGGUUCAUCAAUAGAAAGAUUACAUGUAGAUUGUUGGGAGAUGUUUUUGAUGAUAUGUUUCACCUAUAAUACCCAACAAACAGCAGAAGAACAUAAUUAUAAAUUUGAUCUGAAUGCAAUACAACAAUGUCGAGAUAUUCAACUUUCUACUGCAGAGGUCAGUGAAAUACUGAAUUGUUUAACAAGAUAUUUCACUGAGUCUAGAAAGGGUACAACUACCGAGAUAUGUUUAUAUGGUCUCUAUCCAGCAUGGGGAAGAUAUGUACCCUAUAUUGCUCAGUUAUUAAGUGGUUUUUCUAGAGCAUUAGUCACUAAGAUGUUGUUUAACUUGUCAGACAUCGAUCCUUAUCAAGUUUUAGAUGUGAUAUGGCAACAAACAAUAGGUGUAUUUUCAGCCUGGAUAGAACCAAUAUGGAGUAAUAAUCAACUCAUAUCACCAUGGCAUGAAGGGGAUGAUCUUGUAGCUAGUGAAAUGGUCUAUGCUUUUAAAAAUAUUAUUCAGUUUAUAUAUAAUGAAUAUGCAGAAAAGGCCCCUGCCUACUGUAGCAGUGUUUAUUCUCUAUUAUUGAUGUAUUUUAUGAGAUCAUUGGCUAAACCUGGUCUUGUUGCUCAUGUUGCCUCCACUUUUACUGCUGAACUUUUAGAUCUUAACUGGAAUUUACUCAAACCAGACCUUCAAUUAUUAGAAACCAUGACUACAGUUAAAGACAGUAGCUGUGAAGAUUGUUUCUAUCUUAUUGGUAGUGUAUUGUGCUGUGUAGAAUGGAAUGAUAUCUGGGAUUAUCAUAUUAAUCAUCAACCACCAGAUAUAGCUUGUCGUUUUCAAUCAACAUUGUUAUUGUUAUUAAUACAAAUAUAUACCUCACCUAGUCUAUUACAAAUAUAUAUAUAUACCUCACCUAGUCUAUUACAAAUAUAUAUACCUCACCUAGCCUAUUACAAAUAUAUAUAUACCUCACCUAGUCUAUUACAAGAUGAAGAGAAAGUCAGAUUAUUGAAUAACAUGGAGAAAAGAGAAUGGAAUUUUAUCACUUUAUCAAGUUAUAGACAAGCUAGUAAUGUUUUUUUAAUGUCUUCUCAACCAGCUAGUGUUUUAGCCGAAAGAUCAAGUUCUGCUGCUAGGGGACUGGGGCUAAUGAAGAGUGCUGGAUGUUUCUGUAAUGAUGUAGAAAACAUGUGGUCUGGAGAUAGACAAGCUAAAAGACAGAUGUAUAUACAUACAGUAAUAUCAUUAUUAUGUCAAUGUACUUAUUUACCUGAUAUCAACCAAGAAACAUACUCUACUGUUAUAGUUAAUUUAUUAACUGAUUUAGAACAGGUUGAACAAUCUAUUUCAGAUUGGACAAAUCAGCAAGCCGAAUGUGUAGAGUUAUUAAAGACUAUUAUUAGUUUAUUGAAUAAUUGUAAUCCUGAGGGUAAUUGGAAAGAUAUUACCAUUACUACCAUGAAUGAAUGGAUAUAUUCCUCACCUAAUAGUGUUUUAUUAAUACCAUGUUUAAAAGCUGCUACUAGAAACAUAGCCUCCUAUAAUUUAAUGGUAACUGUAAUGGAGAACUGUAUUGAUGUCAUCUUUCAUCAAGAAUCAGGAUUAAAAGAUUGGACCCCAGUUUUAACUUCAUUUCAACC